AUGAAUACAGCCAUAAAUGAACAAAUUCUGCUUUUUUACCAUAACUUUCUCUCUCUCUUCCCUUCUCUCCUCUUUCUGCUCUUUUUCCCCCUCUGUCGUUUUGUUAUGACUUUCACUUUCCUUUGCCUUUGUGUUUUUUUUACAUCUUUCUCCGACUUUUGCAUUCACUCUCUUUGUCUCAAUUUCUCAAGUUUUUACACUAUCUCAUCCUGUCUUUUACUAUCUCUCUCUCUCCGUUUUUUCUUUCACUCACUCUCCCUCUUUUACUAUUUAUCUCUCUCUCUUUCUACAUCUUUUACAAUUUAUCUCUCUCCUCUCUCUACUCAUAUUUUACUAUUUAUCUCUCUCCCCUCUCUCUGCUCAUCUUUUACUAUUUAUCUCUAUCUUUCCCUCUUUUUUUUACUAUUUGUCUUCCACUUUAUAGUUUACUAUUUAUCUCUCUCUCUUUCUACAUCUUUUACAAUUUACUUCUCUCUCCUCUCUCUGCUCAUCUUUUACUAUUUAUCUCUCUCUUUCCCACUUUUUUACUAUUUAUCUCUCUCUCUUUCUACAGCUUUUACAAUUUACUUCUCUCUCCUCUCUCUGCUCAAUCUUUUACUAUUUAUCUCUCUCUUUCCCCCUUUUUUACUAUUUAUCUCUCUCUCUUUCUACAGCUUUUACAAUUUAUCUCUCUCUCCUCUCUCUGCACAUCUUUUAUUAUUUAUCUCUCUCUUCCCACCUUUUACUAUUUAUCUCUCACUCUCUCCCUCUUUUUCUUCUCUUUUCUCUCUCUUAUUUUGUUAUGUUUCACUUUUCUUUUUCCUGUUUUUUAAUUAUUUUUUCUUUUUGCUUUCACUCUCUUUGUCUCCAUUUCUCAUCAUUUUAGACUGUCUUUCUAUCUUUUACUCUCUUUUACUCUCUAUAUAUAAGUCUUUGUCUCUCUCUCUUCCCAUUUCCUUUUCUGUUGCUCUCACUCUUACUAUUUAUCUCUCUCUCCAUCUUUUACUAUUUAUAUCUCUCUCUACAUAUUUUACAAUUUAUCUCUCUCUUUCCAUCUUUUACUUUUUAUCUCUCUCUCUCCACAUCUUUUAUUAUUUAUCUCUCUCCCCCUCUCUACAUAUUUUACUAUUUAUCCCUCUCUUUCUCUCUACAUUUUUUACUAUUUAUCACUUUCUCUGA